GCGCUGAACCGUUGGACAAAGUUUCAUUCACAUUAAAUGGCAAACAGUACACCAUCGGGUCUCGGACGUGCCCUGCUGACACGACGCUGAACACGUUCAUAAGAGACCACGCCUUACUACGCGGAACUAAGUUUAUGUGCCUGGAGGGUGGUUGUGGCGCUUGUACGGUGUACGUCGAACGGCAGGAUCCAGUGUCCGGGGAAAAGGAUUCUAUUUCGGUGAAUUCCUGUCUACUGCUGGUGUUCGCUUGCCAUGGGUUGGAAAUUACAACGAUCGAGGAUAUUGGAAACCGAAAGGAUGGAUACCACCCGCUUCAGAAACAGCUGGCUGAGUUUAACGGAUCGCAGUGUGGAAUGUGUUCUCCAGGGAUGGUUAUGACGAUGUAUGGGCUAAUGAAAUCGAAGCAAGGGAAAGUGAGUGCUGAAGAGGUGGAGAAUGCGUUUGGUGGGAAUCUUUGCCGGUGCACUGGGUACAGACCGAUACUGGAAGCGUUCAGGUCAUUUGCAGCGACUUCCGAAGAAUUGUGUGAAGAUAUUGAAGAUUUUGUGAAGAUAUGCCCGGGUAGGGGCAGUGCUUGCAAUGCAAAGUGUAAAUUACGAGAUGAGAAGAAACCGAUCAGAAUAUUGUUCGGAGAUGGAAGAGAGUGGCAUAAGGUGUAUUCGUUGCAAGAAGUGCUGAAUAUUCUGAAGCAAAUCGGAGAUCGACCUUAUAUGCUCGUAUGCGGAAACACAGCUAAUGGUGUCUACAGAAGAAACGACAAUAUACAAGUGUUCAUCGAUUGCAAUUCGGUUGUGGAACUGCACGAGGUUUCAAUAUCCGACACCAUAUCAGUAGGAGCAAACAUCACGCUUACGAAAUUUAUGAAGGUUUUAGAAGAUGCUUCUGCUAGUAAUCAACAGUUCUACUAUUGCAAAGAAUUGAUCAAACACUUGGAAUUGGUAGCACAUCCCUUAGUUCGAAACGUUGGAAGUAUAGCAGGGAAUCUAAGCUUGAAAAAUCAGCAUCGUGUGUUCCCAUCUGAUAUCAGCUUGCUGUUGGAAGUUGUCGGUGCGAAGCUUACUACAGUGAAUGCCCAGUCCAACCAGCAAACUGUGGAAAGUAUCGUAGAUUAUAUAUCGUCCAGUGCACAGAAGAAAGUGAUACGGUCUAUCAGUUUGCCAGCCUUGGAUCCAAGAGUGUACGUGUUGAAAACCUUCAAGAUCAUGCCUCGCGCACAGAAUGCGUUUGCUUACAUGAACGCGGCAUUCUUGAUAAAAUUUGACGCAUCUAGAACAAUGAUCAACGAAGCGAUGAUCUGUUUCGGAAACAUUAGUGCGUCGUUUACUCGUGCUGAACAAACUGAACGCUUCCUGACUGGCAAAACAUUAUUCAGUAACGACUCUCUACAAGCUGCGAUCAAAUCUUUGAAUGAUGAACUACAACCAGACUGGAUUCUUCCUGAGUCGUCCGCUGAAUACAGAAAGAACCUUGCAAUUGCCUUAUUCUACAAAUUUGUAUUGACCAUUGCUCCGAUGGAUUCAGUCAAAUCCCAAUACAGAUCGGGUGCCACUGUUUUGGAUCGGCCAUUAUCGUCCGGUCACCAAUCCUAUGACACAUAUAAUAAGUAUUGGCCUCUUACGAAGUACAUUCCCAAAGUGGAAGGCCUGGCACAAUGUGCCGGAGAGGCUGAGUACAUCAACGACAUUCAUCCGUUUCCAAAUGAACUGUUUGCGGCUUUUGUUGUUGCCACCGUCCCACUUUCGAAUGUAGCGCAGAUUGAUCCGACGCAGGCCCUCAAGAUGAAAGGAGUUGUUGGAUGUUUCACGGCCAAGGACAUACCCGGAGCCAAUUCCUUCACUCCGCAGGUGUUGGGAUUUCCAGAAGUUGAGGAGGUGCUCUGUAGCGGUCAAGUUUUAUAUUACGGUCAACCAGUUGGAAUCGUUGUUGCUGAAACCCACGUCAUUGCUAACAGAGCUGCCAAGUUAGUCGAAGUCACGUACGAAAAAGUAAGCGAGGGUGUGCGUCUUCGACUGAAGACAGGUGACGGUGUAGCAAGUGGCGAGACUUAUGAAAUGGUUGGUGAAGAAUACAACGCCGUCGAUGUGAGUGAGACGCGUAACGUAGUCGGCCGGAUGGAGCUCUUCGGCCAGUCACAUUUCCCACUUGAAAAGCAAACGUGCAUUUGUGUGCCUCAAGAAAGCGGCAUGGACGUGUAUCCAUCGGCUCAAUGGAUGGGUGUUACUCAAAUUGCAAUAUCGCAAAUGCUCAAUAUUCCUCACAGUCGGAUCAACAUUUUCAUAAGGCGUGUCGGUGGAGCUUUCGGAAGUAAAGUCUCGAGGCAAGGAUUGACGGCAUGUGGCGCAGCGUUGGCUGCUCAUCUGACCAAUCGACCGAUUCGCUUCUAUCUUACUUUGGAAGCAAAUAUGCAACUAAUUGGAAAACGCUAUGACUGUAUCAGUAACUACGAGGUCCACGUUGAUGAUCAUGGUAAAAUUCUCAAACUAGCAAACUACUUCGCUCACAAUUUCGGAUCGUCAUUCAAUGAACCGAUUUCCAAUUCGUUUAUCAUGAUUUUCCCAAAUUGUUACGAAAGCAAAGCUUGGAAAAUCUUGGGUAAAACUGUGAAAACCGAUAAUCCCAAAAACACCUGGUGUCGUGCUCCAGGCUCUACUGAAUCCAUAGCCACUGUUGAAACAAUUAUGGAACACAUUGCUCAUGCCACAGGAAAGGAUCCAUUGGAAGUUCGCCUCGCAAACAUGCCAAAAGAUAGCAAAAUGCGUUCUCUCAUUCCGGAGUUUCUGAAUCGAAUCGAGUUCGAUUCUCGGCGGAUAUCCAUUCAAUCGUUCAACGAAAACAACCGUUGGAAGAAGCGAGGCAUAGCCUGGAUACCGAUGAAGUUCCAAACGGAUUUCCAUGGGAUAUUCUACGCAAUGGUUUCCAUCAACAUAGGCGAUGGAUCGGUGGUUGUGACCCAUGGUGGAAUUGAAAUGGGUCAGGGUAUCAACACCAAGGUUACUCAAGUGAUCGCUUUCACUUUGGGAGUUCCGUUGGACAUGGUGAGCGUGAAGCCUUCCAACACCUGGACAGCAGGGAACUCUGAUCCUUCGGGAGGUAGCAUAACCAGUGAAUCCGUCUGCUACGCUGCAAGUAAGGCUUGCGAAACAUUGCUGGAAAGAAUGAAACCACAGCGCGAGAAGUAUCCAGAUGCUCCGUGGUUUCAACUGGUACAGAUUUGCUACGUUGCCAGUGUUGACUUGAGUGUCAACUUCAUGUUCCGAGCGACGGAUGUUCUACCAUACUUCAUAUGGAGUUUGUGCAGUGCGGAGGUAGAAGUUGACGUUCUUACUGGGAACAUUCUCAUACGACGAAUGGAUGUACAGGAGGACACAGGUGAAAGCAUGAGUCCCGGAAUCGACCUCGGUCAAAUUGAAGGAGCCAUCACCAUGGGCUUGGGAUACCACUUGGCCGAAGAGUUGAUUUAUGACGCAACAAGUGGAAAAUUGCUGACAGAUCGAACGGUGAACUACAAGCUAUUCGGAGCAAAAGAUAUUCCAGUGGAUUUCCGUGUAGAAUUCCUGAAAGGUAGUUCCAAUCCGUGCGGGGUGCUGAGAUCGAAAUCUGCUAGUGAACCACCGUUGAACUUAUCUGUGGUGGUAUUAUUUGCUCUGCGAAAUGCCUUGCGAUCUGCCCGAAAAGAUGCUGGACUGCCGGACGAGUGGAUACAGCUUGGAACUGCCUCAACACCGGAGAAGAUUUUCUUGAAAUCAGGGAAUAUGUUGGAUCAAUUUUUAUUAAAUUAAUGGUACAUACAACACUUCAAGAAUCGAAAUAAAUGAAACCAAAAAAAAGAUAAAGGAAACUUUUUAAUUUGAUCGUUUUUUGCACAGUCCAUCCAUUAAGUGUUCUUGAGCAACGAAUGAUGAAAAAGUUGUCCCAAAGGAUUUGCAAC